AAGCAUCUACACUAUCUGAAACAUGUCCCCAUCAAUGUUUCUGGUCUGCCUAUUCCUCAUUGCUGCAUGCACUGAAGGAGCUGUCAUUGAUAAAGAGAAAGAAAUGAAUGACACUGCUUUGCUUCAAUUACUCCACCACAUUAACAAGAGGCACAAUAUACCACUGGAGCCUAAGCAGACUAGUAGCUGCACAAUGCCUGAUCUUCCUUCAGGUUGCUCUGAAUCAGAGUUCGUUUUUUCAGUACCUUCGGCAUCAUCAAUACAUAGUGACUCAUACCUCAGCAGCCUCAAUAGUCAAUACUCACGUAUAUGUACCAGUGAUUGUGCUGGUGCUAUUGGUGAAUAUUACCGUUGUCUUUAUUCUGGGGAUAGAGGAGAAUACUGGGCUAAUUACAUCCAGAAGUACAUAUGUGGACAGGAGAGUGGGGACUAUUGUGUGGCAAGAUUGUUACGCAGUUUUAGAACAACAUCUAAUGCAGCUGCAUUUAUCAGUAUCUCUAGCUAUUGCUCAAUAUCACCCACUACUGGAUUAUCAUCAUGCAGCCGUACCAGCUGUACUAGUGCUUUGAGGACCUUUAGCAGUGCAGCAGGUUGCUGUAUGGAGCCAUUCCUUGGAUCUGGUGUACGUUCAUGCAGUGGAGUGAGUGUCCCUGAUGCUUGUACUGGAGUAUCAAGCACUACAGAAUCAAGUGCUACAGGAAUAAUUGCUACACCUAUUGUUGCAGUAUCUUUGAUGAUACUUGCAUUGGCUGGAGUCUUCAUCUAAUAAACUGUGUUUGAACAAGUAGAGACAGUACAUGUAUCAGAUACAUGUACAUGUAGUAGAGAACACUAGCAGUAGUAGAUAUUAGCAUUUAGUUGUGUGCAUUUAUAUAGUUUUUGCUUUAAAAAAAAAUAAUACUAAUUUCUGUAAAUCAAACAUG